CCAGAAGGAGCCAUGGCUGCAGCAACCCCCCUGAAAAGUCUCCAGGAAGAAGCCACAUGUCCCCUCUGUCUGGAGUAUUUCACAGAACCUGUCACUCUGGAGUGUGGGCACAAUUUCUGCCGCGCCUGCAUCGCCCAGUGUUGUGAGGGAUCAAAUACAGACAUCUCCUGCCCUCAGUGCAGAGAAACUGUGCAUCAGAGAAACCUCAGGCUGAACAGGCAGCUGGCAAAUGUUGUAGAAAUAGCCAAACAGCUGAGUUUACAGGCAGCAAAGGGAAGAGGAGGGGACGGGGUGUGUGGGGAACACCAGGAGGCUCUGAAACUGUUCUGUGAAGAGGAUCAAACCCCCAUCUGUAUGAUCUGCAGAGAGUCCUGGGCUCAUCGCACUCACACUGUGUUUCCCAUACAGGAAGCCAUCCAGCAGUACAAGGAAAAAAUCCAGACCCAUUUGAAGGCUCUGCGGGAAGAAAGAGAAAAGCUGCUGGGAUUUAGAGUGGCUGGAGAGGGGAAAAGCCAGGAAUAUCUGAAACAAAUACAAACCGAGAGGCAGAAGAUUGUGUCUGAAUUUCAGCAACUGCGGCGGUUCCUGGAGGAAAAAGAGCGACUCCUGCUGGCCCAGCUGGAGAAGCUGGAUGAGGAGAUUGUGAGGAUCUGGAAUGAAAAUGUCAGUAAACUCUCCGAGCAGAUUUCCCAUCUCAGUGAGCUGAUCAGUGAGAUGGAGGGGAAGUGUCAGAAGCCAGCCAGUGAAUUCCUGAAGGAUGUCAGAAGCACCUUGAGCAGGUGGGAGAAGGGGAAGUUCCAGCAGCCAGAGGAGAUUUCUGCUGAACUGGAAGAGCGAGUCCAUGGUUUCUCUCAGAAAACUAUUGUGCUAUUGGAGGCUCUGAGGAAGUUCAAAGCCACUCUGCCGUCUGCACUGGAGAGAAAAAGAGGGCAACCAGUAGGAGCACACAGACAGGCGAAUGUGACUCUGGAUCCAGACACGGCUCAUCCCAACCUCGUCCUGUCUGAGGAUCGGACAAGUGUGAGAUGGGGAGACACACGGCAGGAUCUGACCAACUACCCCGAGAGAUUUUACACUGAGUUCUGUGUGCUGGGCUGUGAGGGAUUCACCUCAGGGAGACAUUGCUGGGAGGUCCAGGUAGAAGGUGAGGGAGGCUGGGCUGUGGGGGUGGCCAGAGAGUCUGUGAGAAGGAAUGGACGGAUCAGCCGUAGCCCUAAGGGGGGGAUCUGGGCUGUGGAGCAGAUGUGGGGGGAACAGUUGAAGGCUCUUACCUCUCCUGAGACUCUCCUGCCCCUGAGCCGGGCCCCCAGCAGGUUCCGGGUUUGUCUGGACUGUGACCAGGGGCAGGUGACAUUUAUCAAUGCUGGUGACGAGGCCCCGAUCUUCACUUUCCCGCUGGGCUCUGUCCCUGGGGAGAGAAUCCGACCCUGGUUCUGGUUGGGGCCGGGAUCCCAGCUCAGACUGUGUCCCUGAGAAACGCAGGGGAGGAGCGGGGGAAUAGCUCCCUGGGAAUCAUAGAAUAUCAGGGUUGGAAGGGAUCUCAGGAGGUCAUCUAGUCCAAUGC